AUGAAGCUGAAAUUCUUAAGCAAAAUCCUUUACACUCUUUUACUGAUAACAUGGCUCUGCAAUGACAUUAUUUAUGGAAAAUAUAUGCUUCAGCUUUGUAAUAUAGAUUUCGUGAAAAAAUUCAAUAAUCCUGAACCUUUAAACCAUUUUAGAAGGCUGGUGUAUCAUCGAAGACAAGGUUUUAAUGCGACAAAUUCCAUAGAAAAUCUAAAAAUCAAAGAAGAAAUGCAGUAG